GUUCUUCUUUCUACAAGAGAGGUUGUCAGGCCUUUGGCAACACGUGAAGUGAUCAACUGGUAUACGGCAAGUUAAUCAAUGUCCUCUAGCUCUUAAUCAUGCUUGUGUUGUUCGAAACUCCUGCUGGCUAUGCCAUCUUCAAGUUGCUUGAUGAGAAGAAACUAGAGACUGCUGAUGAUUUAUUUAAAGAAUUUGAAAAUGCUGACAAAGCAAACAAAAUGGUAAAGCUCAAGCAUUUCAAAAAGUUUGAAGAUACAACAGAGGCACUGGCUGCUGCCACUGCUGCAGUUGAGGGAAAACUUUCAAAGGGUCUUAAAAAGAUGCUGAAAAAAGUUGCUUCAAAGGAUAUUCACGAGGAACUUGCAGUUGCAGAUGCAAAACUUGGUGGAAUGAUCAAGGACAAGCUUGAUUUUAAGUGUGUGAGCUCAUCUGCUAUUAAUGAAUUGUUGCGUGGUAUCCGCUCACAAAUGAGCAACCUUAUUACAGGGUUGUCUGAAAAAGAAAUCAGUGCUAUGGCCCUUGGAUUGGCUCACAGUCUGUCACGGUACAAGCUCAAGUUCAGUCCUGAUAAAGUUGAUACAAUGAUUGUCCAAGCCAUCUCAUUGCUGGAUGAUCUGGACAAAGAGCUCAACAACUAUGCAAUGAGAUGUAGAGAGUGGUAUGGUUGGCAUUUUCCAGAAAUGACAAAAAUUGUUACAGAUAAUUUGGCAUAUGCCAAAACGGUGAAGACUUUGGGUCAAAAAGUAAAUGCUGCAACUUCUGAUUUGUCAAGCAUCCUUACAGAAGAAGUUGAAGAGGAACUAAAGAAGGCUGCUGAAAUAUCGAUGGGAACAGAUAUAUCUGAUGAAGAUAUGGAAAAUAUUUCAUACCUUUGUGACCAGGUUAUACAAAUCUCCGAGUACAGGGCCCAGUUGUAUGACUAUUUAAAGAACAGGAUGCAGGCCAUUGCUCCAAAUCUUACUAUUUUGGUUGGGGAACUUGUCGGUGCUCGUCUCAUAGCACAUGCAGGCUCGCUACUGAAUCUCGCCAAGCAGCCAUCAUCAACAGUCCAGAUCCUUGGGGCUGAGAAGGCGCUUUUCAGAGCACUGAAAACAAAGCACGACACGCCAAAAUACGGUCUGAUUUAUCAUGCGUCUUUAGUAGGUGGUGCUAAUCCAAAGAACAGGGGCAAGGUUUCUCGAAUGUUGGCCUCGAAAACGGCCUUGGCUGCAAGAUAUGACGCACUUGGUGAAGAUGGCAAUACGGAAAUGGGUGCAGAGAAUCGUGCAAAAUUAGAGAUUCGAAUAAGAAAUCUCGAGGAUGGGAAACUAAGGCGUGUCAGUGGUUCUGGUAAGAAGCCUGCCAAAACGGACAAGUACGAAAACAAAAGUGAAAUUAAAUCCUACAAUCCAGUUACGGAUUCAACGAUCGGAGUUUCAAAGAAGCGAAAACAUUCAGAAUCGGAAGAAGAAGAAGAAGAAGAGGUGACUGUAAAGGAGGAGGAAUUACCAGCGAAAAAAAGCAAAAAGGACAAAAAGAAGAAGAAGGAUGCCAAACAGGAUGAAAAUGGAUCGGCUGAAGAGAAAUCAAUCAUAAAAACAGAGGAUGAAGAAGGGGGAGAGAAAAAGAAAAAGAAGAAAAAGAAGAAGGACUCUAAACACGAUGAGUAAUUAAUUUCGGGCAGUGAAGUGAAACUGGAGACUUCUUUUCUCAUUUUACAUAUCCAAUAAAAGCCAUCAAUUUUUUUAUAUUAACUUUUAUCCACGAAUCUUGAAAGCAUUUUGAUCCAAACUGUCGUCUACUUUCAGCCGUAAUCAGCAGAGUUUGGAUUUUUGUUUUUAUUCCACUUUACAAAUAAAUAAAUACUUUGUGUAUGGUUUUCAAUAUCUGGGUUUUUACAUCGGAAAUAAACAAA